AUGUCGACCAACGGGACUACCAACGGGUCUUUUGCCCACUACCAUGCGGCCUCGACGGACGAGGCCAUCCAGGCAGAGCAGCAGUAUGCGGCGCAUAACUAUCACCCGCUGCCUGUGGUCAUUUCCCGCGCCCAAGGGAUCUCUGUCUGGGAUCCCGAGGGACGUCACUAUCUGGACUUCCUCUCCGCCUACUCCGCCGUGAAUCAAGGGCACUGUCAUCCCAAGCUCGUUGCCGCCCUGGUUGAUCAGGCCUCGCGUGUGACACUGAGCUCUCGUGCGUUCUACAAUGACGUCUUUCCUCGGUUUGCCGAGUUCGUGACGCGCUACUUCGGCUUUGACAUGGUCCUGCCCAUGAACACGGGCGCCGAGGCGGUUGAGACGGGCAUCAAGAUCGCCCGCAAAUGGGGUUACAAGGUCAAGGGCAUUCCCGAGAACCAGGCGAUCGUAUUGAGUGCCGAGAAUAAUUUCCACGGUCGUACAUUCGCCGCCAUCUCUCUGUCCUCCGACCCCGAGUCGCGUGAGAACUACGGCCCCUACCUUCCCGGCAUUGGCUGCACCAUCCCCGGGACCGAGAAGCCCAUCACCUACAAUGAUAAGGCGGCCCUGCGCGAGGCUUUCGAGAAGGCCGGCCCCAACCUGGCGGCCUUCUUAGUUGAGCCCAUCCAGGGCGAGGCCGGUAUCGUCGUUCCGGAUGAAGACUAUCUGCAGGAAGCGCGCGCGCUCUGCGACCAGCACAAUGCACUGCUGAUCUGCGACGAGAUCCAGACCGGCAUUGCCCGCACCGGCAAGCUGCUCUGCCAUGAGUGGAGCGGAAUCAAACCCGAUCUGGUCCUGCUGGGCAAGGCCAUUUCGGGUGGCAUGUACCCCGUCUCAUGUGUGCUGGGCCGCAAGGACGUCAUGCUCACAAUUGAGCCCGGCACCCACGGCUCCACCUACGGCGGCAACCCUCUGGGCUGCGCUGUCGCGAUCCGCGCCCUGGAGGUGGUCCAGGAAGAACAGAUGGUCGAGCGGGCCGAGAAGCUCGGUCAGAUUUUCCGGAAGGGGUUGGAGGAUCUCCAGAGCCCAUUGAUCGAGACGGUGCGCGGCAAGGGUUUGUUGAAUGCGAUUGUUAUCGACGAGUCCAAGACCAAUGGACACAGCGCUUGGGAUCUGUGCAUGCUGAUGAAACAGAAGGGAUUGCUGGCCAAACCCACUCACCAGAACAUCAUCCGCUUGGCCCCACCCCUGGUGAUUACCGAGCAGGAAAUCCAGCAGGCGUUGGAUAUCAUCCAACAGGCUGUGGCCGAACUGCCCAACCUGAAGGGCCAGGCCGAGGACGAGAUCAUCCCCCCACCGGAAAAGAAGGUCAAGAUUGGCGUGGAGAACUAG